UUCGCGCGGAAUUUGUUAAGGUGCCGGGUGCUGUUUUAAUAUUUUUUCUAUAUAAUUUAAUUUCCACCGAAUAAACUGUAUUUUGAAGUGACUUCUAUACUUUAACAAAAUGGAAGGAUUUGAUGAUCCUGGUGUGUUUUUCUCCGAUAAUUUCGGUGUCGAAGAAAACGAAUCUCAAGACCAAAUCAACUUGCAAGCGGUUAAGAAAAAGUUCAAAGAGUUUAUAAGACAGUUUCAUACAGGAAAUUUUAAUUUUAAAUACAGGGAUGCUCUUAAAAGAAAUUAUAACCUACACCAGUAUUGGGUCGAGAUAAACAUCGAAGAUUUGUCCAGUUUUGAUCAAGUCCUGGCUGAAAAACUUUAUAAGAAACCUACUGAGCACCUACCAAUAUUGGAGGAAGCUGCUAAAGAGUUAGCAGAUGAACUGACUGCUCCAAGACCUGAAGGUGAGGAGAAAGUGGAGGACAUACAAGUGCUGCUUUCGUCUGAUGCACAUGCUUCUAGCUUGAGAGAGCUUAAAUCUGAAACAGUGUCAAAGCUAGUGAAGAUCCCAGGCAUUGUAAUAUCAGCAUCAGGAAUCAAAGCCAAGGCCACUAAGAUAUCCAUACAGUGCAGGUCCUGCCGCAAUGUAAUUCCCAACCUGCCGGUCAAACCUGGCCUGGAGGGCUAUGUUAUGCCCAGGAAGUGUAAUACGGAGCAAGCUGGCAGACCAAAAUGUCCCCUGGAUCCAUAUUUCAUCAUACCAGACAAAUGUAAAUGCAUAGAUUAUCAGGUGUUAAAACUGCAAGAGGCGCCGGAGUCCAUACCGCAGGGUGAAAUGCCGCGCCACCUCACGGUGUACUGCGACCGCAUGCUGUGCGAGCGAGUCGCCCCCGGGGCUAGAGUCACCGUGCUGGGGAUAUACUCUAUUAAGAAGAUCGCUAAGAUUGGCAGAGAAGCUCGUGACAAAGGCUCGGUAGGCGUGAGAUCCUCCUACGUCCGCGCAGUGGGGCUCACAGCCGAGGAGGGUGUAACGGGGGGUCUCAGCCCCUUCACGACCGAGGAAGAGGAGCAGUUCCGCAGACUCGCUGCCUCGCCUGACAUCUACGAGAGGAUCGCUCUGUCCAUAGCGCCCAGCGUAUUCGGCGUCCACGAUAUGAAGAAGGCUAUAGCUUGCUUGCUGUUUGGAGGUUCCCGCAAGCGACUGCCGGACGGGCUGACGCGGCGUGGUGACAUCAACGUGCUACUGCUGGGCGACCCCGGCACGGCCAAGUCGCAGCUGCUCAAGUUCGUGGAGAAGGUGGCGCCCGUGGGCGUGUACACCUCGGGCAAGGGCUCCAGCGCGGCCGGCCUCACCGCCUCCGUCAUACGGGACCCGGCCAGCCGUAACUUCGUUAUGGAGGGUGGAGCCAUGGUGCUAGCGGACGGGGGCGUGGUGUGCAUCGACGAGUUCGACAAGAUGCGCGAGGACGACCGCGUCGCCAUACACGAGGCCAUGGAACAACAGACGAUUUCUAUUGCCAAGGCGGGUAUAACAACGACGCUAAACUCCCGUUGCUCAGUCCUGGCAGCAGCCAACUCAGUGUUCGGACGCUGGGACGACACCAAGGCGGAGGACAACAUAGACUUCAUGCCCACCAUCCUGUCCAGAUUCGACAUGAUCUUCAUUGUCAAGGACGAGCAUGACCAGAAUAGGGACAUUAUUCUAGCGAAGCACAUAAUCAACGUCCACAUGGGCGGUGACAGCGUCGAACGCCAAGCCUUGGCCGGGGAACUCCCGCUAACGGUGCUGCGCCGCUACGCCGCCUACUGUCGCGCCCGAUGCGGCCCGCGCUUGUCCGCCAGCUCCGCGGAGCGCCUGGGAGCUAGAUACGUGCUCAUGAGAUCAGGGGCAUCGCAGCAAGAGAGACAGGCGGACAAACGACUCCCCAUACCCAUCACUGUCAGGCAACUUGAGGCCGUGAUCCGCAUAUCAGAGUCGCUGGCCAAGAUGCAGCUGCUGCCUUUCGCGACAGAGGCGCACGUCACCGAGGCGCUCAGACUCUUCCAGGUGUCCACGCUGGAUGCCGCCAUGACAGGAAGCUUAGCUGGUGCUGAAGGUUUCACAACGGAAGAGGACCAUGAAAUGUUGUCACGGGUGGAAAAGCAGUUGAAACGCAGGUUCGCGGUCGGCUCGCAAGUGUCAGAGCAGACCAUCAUACAAGACUUCCUCAGGCAAAAGUACCCAGAGAGGGCUAUCCUCAAAGUGAUACAUACGAUGAUCAGACGCGGCGAGUUGCAGCAUCGCCUUCAGAGGAAAAUGCUUUACAGGCUUUCUUAGGCUGAGAUCUAUAGAGAGUACUUUGACUUUUUUUAGACUUAAUACACUGUUAUUGUUAAAACGAGACAGCAUUAUACUGCUGGCAUAAAUCUGUCUCAUUUUAACUCAAACUUAAGUCUAAGCAAAGUCAAAGUGCGCUCUAUAAAUUUCAACUUUUGAACUAUUUUUUUUUGUGUUGUUCGCGUCCAUUUUGAUGUCUUUGUGUAAACUAAAUUUAGAGUAUCUGCAUCUUUUUCUUUUUAAUAUUGCUAGAAAGAACGGAACGUGAAAUUUAAAUUUAAAAACUCGCUACGAAUUUAAACAAUAGGCUCGCGACAGGCGAGGUUUGACAACUCUAAAGUAAAUUUAAAACUGUCAAACUUUGCCUGUCCUUUUCAUAUUACACUAGAUGAUACCCGCUACUUCGUUCGCGUGGAUUUAGGUUUUUCAAAAUCCCGUGGGAACUA